CUUCCCCGCCCUGACGUGUCCCCGCGCCAUCAGCACGCGCCGCCGGUCACGUGUCCCGUGUUUACCUCGGUCACUGCCGGUGCUGGCGGCGCGUGAGGGACCGACAGACCGACCCCGACCGACAGACCGACCCCGACCGACAGACCGGCCCCGACCGACAGACCGACCCCGACCGACAGACCGACCCCGACCGACAGACCGGCCCCGACCGACAGACCGACCCCGACCGACAGACCGGCCACCCCGCCGGCGACAGCGGGAGAUUGGUGUCGGCGGAAAGGAACGGGCGGCGGGGAAAGGCCGUACCCCGCAGGGGCAGUGUGAGGGCUUGUCCCCUCUCCGGCAGUGUGAGGCUCACCAUGUCCCUGCCAGCAAAGAGGUGUGGAAGGCCCACAGUGUUGUCUUUUCUGGAAAAGAAAAAGAGAAAGCAAAAUCUUGAUAGAAGAAGGGGGAAAACAAGGAUUUAUGUGGGAAAUCACAUUGACUGGUGGUCGACACUUAAGGAAAAGUUGGAUUUCAGAAAUGACGCAGAAGUUGCAGGGUUUUUACUGGACAUGUAUGACCUAGCUCCACGUUGUCAAAAGCUCCACUCUAUCCUCUCUGAGGGUGUGAGAAGGAUCACCGGGAAGGAAGAAAGACCAUUGUCAGCCAGCGCUCCUUUAAUAGCAGCAGAUGGAAUGUAUGUCAGACAUGACCAGCUGUGUAAAGAAUCUGCUUGUUCUGGAUUCGGAGGUGUGAGAAUUGUAACUGAAAGAGGAGCGAGAGAUUCCGAGGGACUGCACGUUUACGAGGACAGAUGACACGUGAACAAGUUGGGGUUUGGAGAACAAUUUUGUGGCAGAGAAGAAUUCUUGGAGGCUAGGCCAGGAGCAAAUAAAUAACAGUGAAGCUGAAAAAUUCAAGUAUAUUCUUCAAAAUAGUAUUUUUCUCUGGCACUAUAAUUUUAGUUUGGAGUGCAGCAGUAACUGAAUUCCUGGGACUGAUUUGAUACAGGGUGAUCAGCAAGAAGAAAACGAAGCUCUUGCAUAACAGUACAGGGGCAGUUUUUACUCCAGUUUGAUUUUUCUGUGAAGUUAUUGUGAACUGUAAAGAAUUACUGAUAGCUUCCAAAAGCCAUGGCCAGAAAUGGAUCUCAGAUGGAAGUCUAGGAAUGCUGUAGUGAGUGUGCCCAGUGUUCUGUCAGAUCCCAUCCCAAGGCCGCCAGGCUAUCCAGGCUGUACUUUCAGGUUUCCCAGCACAAACAUCAAGAUAACAUUCACAGCUCUGUCCAAUGAAAAGAGAGAAAAACAGGAGGCCCCGGAGUCCCCAGUGAAGCCUGUGCAACCCCAGAUCUCUCCCUUAACAAUAAACAUUCCAGACAACAUGGCUCACCUGAUCAGCCCCCUCCCUUCUCCCACAGGAACUAUCAGUGCUGCAAAUUCCUGCCCAUCGAGCCCCCGCGGCGCAGGCUCUUCAGGGUACAAAAUGAGUCGUGGAAUAGCGUCUGACCUACAUUUGAUGGCUGACAAUUCCCAGUCAGAAAACGACAAGGAAGCUUCGGGGGGAGACAGCCCAAAGGAUGACUCUAAGCCACCCUACUCCUAUGCACAGUUAAUAGUCCAAGCAAUUACAAUGGCCCCGGAUAAGCAGCUUACACUAAAUGGAAUUUAUACGCACAUAACUAAAAAUUAUCCCUACUACAGGACAGCUGACAAGGGCUGGCAGAAUUCAAUACGUCACAAUCUCUCUCUGAAUCGUUAUUUCAUCAAAGUACCACGUUCCCAGGAAGAACCAGGCAAAGGCUCAUUCUGGAGGAUAGACCCUGCCUCUGAAAGCAAAUUAAUAGAGCAGGCUUUUAGGAAAAGGCGGCCUAGGGGAGUACCUUGCUUUAGAACCCCUCUGGGACCACUCUCUUCUAGAAGUGCCCCAGCUUCUCCUAACCACUCUGGAGUGUUGUCUGCGCACUCCAGUGGCGUCCAGACCCCCGAGAGCCUGUCCAGGGAAGGAUCUCCUGUCCCGAUGGAGCCUGAGCCCAGCACCAUCCAGCCAAAACUCGCCGUCAUACAAGAAGCGCGAUUUGCACAGAGUGCCCCAGGAUCACCUCUCUCUAGCCAGCCAGUUUUAAUUACUGUACAACGGCAGCUACCACAAGCUAUCAAACCCGUCACCUACACUGUUGCAACUCCCGUGACAACAUCCACCUCCCAGCAGCCUGUAGUUCAGACAGUUCACGUUGUGCACCAGAUCCCAGCUGUGUCAGUCACCAACGUGACUGGGUUAGCACCAGCAAACACUUACACUGUCGCGGGACAGGCCGUCGUCACACAAGCUGCUAUGGUCACCCAGCCCAAGGUAGAACCUCAAGAGAAUGGAGACCACAAGGAAGUCAAAGUGAAAGUGGAGCCUCUCCCUGCUAUUAGCCAUGCUGCAAUAGGAGCUGCUGGUCGCAUCAUCCAGACCUCGCAGCCCACGCCCUUACAGACAGUUACCAUAGUGCAACAGGCGCCGCUGGGGCAGCACCAGCUGCCCAUCAAAGCUGUCACACAGAACGGAACGCACAUCGUGCCCCUGAGCGCCGCCGUGGGCCAGGGCACUGCAGCUGCUGCAAGUCCUUUGCACAUGCUGGCAACCCACGCGUCCGCAUCGGCAUCGCUGCCCACCAAGCGCCAGAACGGAGACCAGUCCGAACAGCAGGAACUCAAACGUAUCAAAACAGAGGAUGGAGAGAGCAUAGUCAUAGCUGUGAACGUGGACACCCCACCCGUGGCAGUGAGUGACAAAGGCAGCCAGAACUAGAAACUUAGGGGAGUUUUCUUUUUUUUUUAAAAAAAAAAACAAACAAAAAAACCCACAAAACAAAAAAAAAACCAAACACACAAAAAAAAAAAAAGAAAAAAAACCAACAAACAAAAACAAACUCCGUGGUGCCAAAAGGAGACACUUAAAUCUAACACCUAAAAAUGUUGGAACAUGUUCUCACGCAGUGGGGAAAGGGGCCCUGUGAUCAGACUUCGACUUUCAGCACUGAAACAAAACCCAACGCAACACAGGUGGCCUUAAAACUUGGUAAUCUCAAGUCAAACUGCAGAACCAUGUUGUUGUAGAGGCUGUGCCCCCGCCCCUCCUGCCCCACGGACUGUGUGUGCUGGGAGGGCUGCAGCUUUAACAGGAUCUGUCAGAUUAUUCCCAGGACUGAGGAUCUCAGUGUAACGGCAGCAUGAUAGCGCUUAGUGUGACUGGUUACAAAGGAUUGUGUAUUCCUAAAGGGAACAGAGGCAGGAGCCAUUCCGACACCGUGGCAGCUAAGCCUUUCCGAACCACCCACCCAUGCAGUUGUUGAUAGAUAUGCAGUAUUUUGUUGUUCACAUGUGGAAAUUAGAAAAAAAAUUUUUGAGGUGUAUUUUCAUUUCUUUGCAAAACGAUGGGGUCUUUGACAUUUCAAAUCACUCCAUUUCUACUCCGGAAACUUUGGAAUCACACAACUACUUUUCAUGUGAAAUUUUGUUCGGUAAAAAAACUGAAUGUAGGGUUUUUUUUAACCAACGGAAUGAUUUACUUUUGUCUGUCCUGUUCCAAGUUCAGAUAAAGCUACUUUAUUACAUCUGCAAAUUUUCAUAUUUUAGCAGUUGCCUGAUAAAUUUAAUCAAAUUUUAUUACCAUGUGUAGUGAUCAAACGCUUCUUUGGGCUUGCAUGUAACUGAUUAGAAACUCUGAUGUAAAUGAGCCGUUAACUGACGUAAAGAACUGCUAUGGAUUUGACCAGAGCUGCACUUACCUGUUUCUCUCUCUGCUACCUUUUGCUGUUUGUUACUUUGUGUUGACUUUGACUGUCCCUGGCAUAUUUUUCCAGUCUAAAGUAAAACAAGAGUCUCGCUUAAUAUUGUGUAUGUUUAAGAUAACAGACUGUUCUUCAUUUAGAAAGAUAAAAUUCUUUAUCACGAGUCCUUUUAAAAAGAGUAAAAUUAUCUUGUCAGAGGUAUAUUCGAUAUUUUUAAGCUUAAGCACCCUUCAGUAGAAAUUAAUCUGCCCCAUUUCUCUGUAACACUUUGAUGUCAGACACUGACCUCGGGGUCUCCAUGACCAGUAGCUGUUGUGGUUUUCUAACAGUGGCUACCAGAUUAUGGUAAAUUUUUUUUUUUUUUUUUUUUUUUUUUUUUUUUUUUUUUUUUUUUAAAGUGUGUGUUCUGCAGUUGAACAUUUUAAAAAUGUAUCGGUAAUUUCUCACUUUAAUGUGGUAAUAGAUUCCACUUUACAUUUCAAAAUCCAAUUGAAAACAAGGCUGCUGUUCAGUCUUCAACUCACACAACGUCUUAGUUCCUCCUGCAGCCAGGUGAGUGGGAGCUGGAGUCGGCUCCAUCGGAAUCUGGUUUUUGUCCUGUUCUGUAAUAAAGAUGCAUUAUUUAUAUUUCCUUUCCUGCUACGAAAGGAAAAACUGUACUUUCAUGAUGGACUGAACAGUUUGGAGUGGUUAUUUUAGGCAGCUUUUGGAAACUAUUUACCUAAAGACCAAAUAUGAGAAAUCUGUACAAGUUUUGUGUUCAUCCACACAAUGGAACUGUUACAAUGUCUCUGCAGAUAAUACAUUAAAAAACUAUGAAAAAAAAAACUCUACAAAAGCUGGAUUUAUAACAGGCAUUUAAAAAAAAAAAAAGCAUAACCUGAAAAGGAGCAUUUCUGUACAAUUGCAACGUUUUCUUUAGAAGUUUUAAAAAUAAAAUAAAAAAAAAAGUAAAGUUUUAACAUACUUUUUUUAAGGAAAAAAAAAUCCAGUACUAGUAAUUUAAUUUGGUGUUGAAUGAAUUGACUAGAAUGUGGUUUAUUUUCAGAAGUGAGAAUCUGUUCACAACUAGGGCUAGGUGAAUAAUAGUGUAUAAGAUUUUUUUAAAUAAAAUUAAAUUUUAUUCAGCAAAUUAACUAAGUUGAAAUUACUCACCAAGCGUGUUUGGAAUAUCAGUGUAUAUUUGGGGCUAACGCAGCUCCCGUGUCAGCCUCACCGUGCCCAGCUGCCCCUUCCAGGAGGGCACAGGAACGUGUCUGCCUGAGAUGCAUCAUUGCUGUCAGUAAGUUUUAGGAGAUGGAACUUUCUAGAAUCACUGUCGUGAAUGUGGGUUUGCUGUCUGAUCCCUUUUUCCUGCAUUGGUUACAGUCUGUGUUUCUCAGCAGUUGGGGAAAUGCUUCCAAGGACCAGGAAGAGACCCAAAGAGGUUUUAAUGAUGAAUACUUGCAGAAGCUGGGUCAGGUUUUUGUGGCAAUGCUUUCAAGAGCUGGGGAGAAACCCAACUCGAACCACGGUGUUUGGAGCUGAAUGGGCAGAACCUGUUCUUGAACAGAAAGUGUGGUCUGAAUGGUCUGAACAAACACAAGCCUUGGGGAAGAAGAAGAAAAUAGCUUAACAUGGAGGCAGUGAAGUGGUGUAAUUGUAGCCCUGCCCCAGAGGCAGCAGGGCAGUGUGACCCAGCCCCAUUCCCUGGCUGCUGUGUCCAUCACAGCCCUCCUGCCCUGUCUGCAGGAACUGCUCGUGUCUCACAUCUCCUGCACUGAUUAAUCUUGUAUUUCUUCCUUUAUUGUGACUACCUAAAGGUCCUGAAAGCAAUCCUCGCAUUCCACAGUUUCUGCUGGCAGAUACCUGGAAUUACUGUGGAAUUUAUGCACUGACUCCUUGGUUUUCCUGUCAGGAUUCUGAACUGUGACACAGGUACUGUGGAGAUAGAUGGCAAAAUGGGGAGAGAAGGCGUUGAGUUACUUUUUAAUACAAGAGAAAGCGCUAAUCCCUGUACUUGAGGAGCAGAUGCUGGUGGGAAUACAUUGUGUUCCAGGAGCAGUCGUGUUUCAGACUCGCCCUGUGAGCUCUCUGCUUUCCUGCUGCCUGGGGGUGAUCCCGUGGCUGUGUGGUACCACCAGUGCAUCCGUGCUGGGUCCAGGGCCCACAGUCCUCAGAGCAGCAUUCCUUUUCCCAAGUGACUGACUGAGCACUGUUCCAUUUGAUUGUAGAGCUGUGCUGGGUAAACUCAUCCACGGGAGGCAGAGCCGCAGCGUGGGAAGCACUGGCAGAGCAGCCUGGAGCCAGCUGGGAAGACUCAGUGCUGUGCUGGAUUUGAUCUCUGUAGAGCAGCUCUACCUCAUCACAUCCAUUUGCAGGAACAGUAUCUGUUGUAGAACACAUCAAAGAUAUGAACUACCUGGGCCAAGCUGUGUUCAAAUGUCACUGAAGAAUCACUGCUACAGCCACUAAACCAAAUACUACCUCAGGCACAGCCCUUGGCUGUGGGCUGUUUGGGCAUCCCAGAGGAGCAGGGAAGAUAAAGAAAGACUGAGAGUGCACAGUUCAGUGGCAGAUUUUCCCAGCAGGUAUUUAUCUCUCUGCCUUUCCUCCAAAGGAUGUGACUUGCUGUUUUAUCUCACUACCCUAGAACACGCUGUAAGUCAGAGGCAGGGGACAUCAUUCUUACUUUUUC